GAUUGGAAGGAAAGGAAUCCGAAGAAACACGAACACAUGGAAUAAUCUUAAAAUCUGCAAAAAAAACAUGCUUUCCAUUCUCGCUUCCACCAUUAAUGUGAAGAGAAUAUUUCCUUUUCUACCAAUUUCGGGCAUUAUUCUCUCUGCGAGGCUCUAAACAUUUAUUUCGAACCCAUUUUCUUUAAAAGGGCAAUCGCGGAGAGAAGGAAAAUAAAAAGAGCAAAGAAAAUGGCAGAGAUUCGUAAGGUUUCGUUUGGUAUCAUUGCAAGUUUUGUUCUUGUUAUUGCAAUCUUUUUGCCCGCUGUUCAGGGCCAUGGCCACGAAGGUUUGGCCCCCGCUCCUGCUCCAACAAGUGAUGGUACUACAAUUGACCAGGGGAUUGCAUGUGGUCUGAUGUUGUUGGCGUUGGUGCUCACAUACCUCAUCCACACAUUUGAUGCUCCAUUGAAUAUCUGAGAUAAUUGAGGACACGAUAUAGUAAGCUUAUGCUUAGGUUUUGAAAAAUCGAGUUAUCUGAAGACUAUUUUAAUGUGCGGUGUGCUAAGGAUGAGUUUUUAUUUAUCUACCUAGAGUUGUAAUUCGAACAUAUUGUUUCAUUGAUAGUAUUGCUUAUGUUAUAAUAUAUCUGGCUUCGUAAUUCUCA